UAUGAUGCUUAGAGGCCUGGAGGCCUUUGCAGAUCCACAUACGCUGUCAGGUAAAGCAGCCGAAAUGCCAGAUGACCUGUUCAGGCCUUUUCAUCAAUGUAUGUUUGCUUCUAUCCUCAUAGGAAUCUAUUACGGCAAGAGAACAGUCCAGAGGAAAUAUGCCAGACCCGGAAUCCAAGAGCUACAGGGAAUACCGGCCUCUCUGAUCAGUGAAUGGAAGGAGAUGUUUAAGACGUUGCCCCGAGUAAAAUGUCCAAGCUCCGGUUGUUGGCUAGAGUUUCCAAGCGUAUAUGGGCUAAAACAACAUUACCAGAGAUGCCAGGGGGCCGCACUCCUGUCCCGGAUGGUGGUCUCCUGCCCUCACUGUGAAGCCGUUUUCGCCUCAAGACCUCAGCUGCAGAAACACCUCACCUGGAACCACGCAGAUAAGGAGGAUAGCCGGGAGAGCAGGGCGAGUCCAACGGGCCUUCCUAGCAGGGCAAAAGAGAGGGUGGUAAAAAGAGGACCCCAAACCAACAGGGGGUCUAACCAGACAACAACAAUGGCUCCCCCAGAGGAGAACGGACACAUGGCGCACACCAAGGGCAGGGUGAAACAGGGAGACGCCUGUCUGUCCGAUGAGGAUCCAGAGAGGAUGAAGCACAGAAGGAAACAGAAAACGCCCAAAAAGUUCACAGGGGAGCAACCUUCCAUCACCACCACGUUUGGCUUAAAAGGCAUAGGAAAAGCAGAAGACAAAUCCAGGGUGAGACAGAGCAAGCUUGUACGGGGGAAAACAGGGGAGACAAAGAAGAGACAGGAGACUCCCAGUAUAAGACUGGGGCACAUCAUGGCUGCCUCUUCAGGCAGUGUGGACGACAAGUUCCAACGACAGACUAACAAAAGGGGGGAGGUGACCUGUCCGAACUGUGGAUCGGUUACCCGCAAGACGGUGGCAGGACUGCGGAAGCACAUGGAUGUAUGUGAGCAGCUACAAGAAGCUCUGAGGUGUCAGCACUGCAGGAAACAGUUUAAAUCAAAAGCUGGACUGAAUUACCACACUAUGGCCGAACACGUCAAUAAGUCUUCCAGCCCUGACCAGGUCCCGGUGGAUGACCCCAGGGAGCGGGAACGCCUGCGCAAAGUUCUCAAGCAGAUGGGAAAACUGCGCUGCCCCAAGGAGAAUUGCAUGGCUUCAUUCUCCAGUCUAAUGGGUUACCAGUACCACACACAGCGUUGCGGGCGAGAGCAGUGCGACCGGGAGAAACUGCACUUCUCUUGUCUUCAUUGCAGCAAGGCAUACCGAUCCAAAGCUGGGAGAGACUACCACAUGCGGACCGAACACUGCACAGACUUGAUUAGUCCAGAAGAACCAGAGCUGCCAUCAAAGCAGGAAGUGGAGAUUGAGGACUUUGAACGGACCCCAAGUGGGCGAGUAAGGAGGCGGUCAGCUCAGGUCGCAGUCUUCCAUCUACAAGAGAUCGCAGAGGAUGAGCUGACAAAGGAGGGAAGUCGUAGGAGGAUGAAGGAGGACCUUGUACCGGACAGUAAGAGGCUGAACUACCUCCGUCCCGGCCUGCCGACCUUUAACCCCAAACUUCUGGAUACUUGGAAGACCAAUGUUAAAGAAAACGGCUUCAUCUGCUGCCCUAAUAGUUGUUGUGAAGCAAUAUAUUCCAGUGUGUCCGGGCUAAAGGCUCAUCUUGCCAACUGCAACAAGCUGCUUUGUGUCUUGCAGGGUGAGUACUUGGUGGGCAAAUACAGAUGUCUCCUGUGCCAGAAGGAGUUCAGUUCUGAGAGUGGAGUGAAGUACCACAUCGUAAAGACACACUCGCAGAACUGGUUCCGGGUUUCUGCCGUCUCUUCAGUUGUUAAAAGGAAAAUAAAGCAAAACUUCUCCUCUAAUAAGUCAGCAAUGGAAGUGACCGGCAAGAAGAAAAAGAGGAAGAUAGAGGAGCAACUCUUGGUCGGUUCCACCCCUACUGCCACACCCCUGGACAAAGAGACUCUGCUUGCACUGAAUACACACUCUAACACGGCAACAGGUAGCGUUAUCGCCAAUGCACAUAAUGUGGAGCCCCCAGAGAAAAUUCAGAAAGUCGCCACAUUUAAGAGAGGGAAAUAACACAAUGUGCCGCAGGGCGCCAAUCCCAGAAUCGAGUUUUGUAGCCUUCAGAAAAUUGCGUUUUUCCGAGGCUUUGACACUGAUGCACUUCUGCCACCUUGCACAGGACCAAAUAAGAUUGCUAUAAAUAUCGCUCUACAGAUUUAUAACCUGGAUAGAGAAAUAAGAGGAUGUAAAUGAUACUGUCAAUAUUAUAUUUUAAAGUGCGGGAAAGGAUGCCGCAGUCCUUUCUGGAUAAGCGGCAGUUGAUGAGAAGUCACAUGACAUAUUCUUUGAGGGUUCCAUCAGAGGAACCCAAACUAGGGAGCGGAAAAUCGCUUAGCACUGAUGAUUGGGACUGUUUGAAGGGCUCAGAAAUUAGCACAAUAAUCGGGAGAACCAUUGACUGGGUAGGAAUAGUCUGCUCUAUUACUAGACUUAGACAGUGUAUGUGGACCUCCGCGACCAUCCUGUCAUGAAGCAAAACACCUGUGUUGUCAAGCUUUGAUAGAAGCAGUCAUGGCAUGACUGGUAUGUGUAUAUCUGAGGCAGUAAAGCUUAUUCUCCUCACCCCAGUCUAUCCUCCAGCUAGUAUGUAGUGUCUAUCCUCGAGCUAGUAUGGGGUAAAUAAGUCAUGUAGUGUCUAUCCCCCAGCUAGUAUGGGGUAAAUAAGUCAUGUAGUGUCCAUCCCCGAGCUAGCAUGGGGUAAAUAAGUCACUAGUGUCUAUCCCCGAGCUAGUAUGGGGUAAAUAAGUCAUGUAGUGUCCAUCUCCGAGCUAGUAUGGGGUAAAUAAGUCACUAGUGUCUAUCCCCGAGCUAGUAUGGGGUAAAUAAGUCACUAGUGUCUAUCCCCGAGCUAGUAUGGAGUAAAUAAGUCACUAGUGUCUAUCCCCCAGCUAGUAUGGGGUAAAUAAGUCACUAGUGUCUAUCCCCGAGCUAGUAUGGAGUAAAUAAGUCACUAGUGUCUAUCCCCCAGCUAGUAUGGGGUAAAUAAGUCACUAGUGUCUAUCUCCCAGCUAGUGUGGAGUAGAUAUGUCACUAGUGUCUAUCCCCCAGCUAGUAUGGGGUAAAUAAGUCAUGUAGUGUCCAUCCCCGAGCUAGCAUGGGGUAAAUAAGUCACUAGUGUCUAUCCCCGAGCUAGUAUGGGGUAAAUAAGUCACUAGUGUCUAUCCCUGAGCUAGUAUGGGGUAAAUAAGUCACUAGUGUCUAUCCUUGUGCUAGUAUGGGGUAAAUAAGUCACUAGUGUCUAUCCUUGUGCUAGUAUGGGGUAAAUAAGUCACUAGUGUCUAUCCCCGAGCUAGUAUGGAGUAAAUAAGUCACUAGUGUCUAUCCCCCAGCUAGUAUGGGGUAAAUAAGUCACUAGUGUCUAUCCCCAAGCUAGUAUGGGGUAAAUAAGUCACUAGUGUCUAUCUCCCAGCUAGUGUGGAGUAGAUAUGUCACUAGUGUCUAUCCCCCAGCUAGUAUGGGGUAAAUAAGUCAUGUAGUGUCCAUCCCCGAGCUAGCAUGGGGUAAAUAAGUCACUAGUGUCUAUCCCCGAGCUAGUAUGGGGUAAAUAAGUCACUAGUGUCGAUCCCCGAGCUAGUAUGGGGUAAAUAAGUCACUAGUGUCGAUCCCCGAGCUAGUAUGGGGUAAAUAAGUCACUAGUGUCGAUCCCCGAGCUAGUAUGGGGUAAAUAAGUCACUAGUGUCGAUCCCCGAGCUAGUAUGGGGUAAAUAAGUCACUAGUGUCGAUCCCCGAGCUAGUAUGGGGUAAAUAAGUCACUAGUGUCUGUCCCCCAACUAGUAUGGGGUAAAUAAGUCUCUAGUGUCUAUACCUGAGCUAGUAUGGGGUAAAUAAGUCUCUAGUGUCUAUUCCUGAGCUAGUAUGGGGUAAAUAAGUCACUAGUGUCGAUCCCCGAGCUAGUAUGGGGUAAAUAAGUCACUAGUCUCGAUCCCCGAGCUAGUAUGGGGUAAAUAAGUCACUAGUCUCGAUCCCCGAGCUAGUAUGGGGUAAAUAAGUCAUGUAGUGGCUUUCUUCUAUAAGAGAACCUGUGACAGCUGGACUUAUGCAUGAAUCAGAAUAUAAAGUCUUAAUAUAGCAGCUGUACAUACUUGCAUAUGAAAGAUUUAUUUCCCUCUGGCUAGGGGUAUGUUUGGGUGGCUAUUGUCUAGGUUGGUCGCGGCGAACCAGUGUUGGGUCUGCUAGCUUUAAUGAUGAUACAUUUAGGCUAGAAGGCACCUGGGUAAGAUCAGAAAAGUUAUCUGUCCACAGUGACCAUAUGGCGACUUUCUUUUGUUUUGAAUUUGACUCUUUACCUUGAUGUGCAACAGUCUGUUGACGUCUGACUAUUGCUGCCCGACAUCACACACUGUCUCCCAGCUUCUGGGUUUGCAUAACAGCAAUUGAAAAAAAAAACAUAAUUUUAAUUUGUUCGGGCUGUAUUAUUUGAUGCUGUUGUGCACACUCAGGAGUCAAGCGACAGCUCGUUAGAAGAAUGCACAUGCUCCACUUCUCUCAUAAAGGACAUCUCCUCGCUCUGUCUGCUUAUCAUACGCACACUGCAAACCCUUCCUGGCAGCUGGGACGGGGAAGUUGUACAGGUGAAGGAGGAGCUUUUGCCACAUUUACCGUAUUUAUCGCGGUAUAACGCGCUCCCGCGUAUACCGCGCACCCCUAAAGUGACCCCCAAUC